AUGACACAUCCCACCCGGACACAAUCUACCUCGAGCUUGUCCGCCCUCUUUACAAGCGAAGUCCCCUCAUAUCCCACUUCUACGCUACCCUCUCCACUAUUCUAUAAUUCGGGCGAUAGUGAAGGAGAAGAAGAAGGCGAUGACGAAUUAAUAUACCCCCACGAAUAUGGCGACUCCGAUGACAGCCAAUAUGACACCGAAGAUGGCGAUGUAGCCGUGCUCUAUGGGAGUACAAUCGACCUAGGGUUAACAUAUCCAGCCGGUAUCAAUCCUCUUGGGGGCGAGGAUCCGGGCUGUUUGAAUUUUACCAAUUUCGACGAUGUACCUGUUAGUUUGAGAAAGGCUUGGGUGGAACAAUGGGGGGCCAGUGGAGGGGAUGAUGAUAACGAUGAAGAGGAAGUGGAGAAUCUCAAGAUUGAAACUGCAACAGUAGGAAGGGUCUUUCGGGCGAAUUCUGUAACUUUGGUUGAUGUUGAUGAGCAGCAAGUUAAUGUAUAA